AUGAAGCGCUUUGCUCGGCCAGUCCUCCUCCUCCUCGCCGCCGCCCUGCCGCUGGGCGUCGCCGCGGCCGCCUGGCACCACGCCGGUCCGCGCUCAACGCGGAGCUCUCGGGCGGCGGCGCUUCGGCAGCAGCUUCCGGCCGCCCCGCCGCUGCCAGAGGAGGGCCACGAGAUUGAGGUGCGGUGCGAGCGAGUCGCGUACGGCGGCCUCGGCAUCGCCCGGACGGACGCGGGCGCGACGGUGAUGCUGAGUGACCACACCGUGCCUGGCGAGCUGGUCCGCGCCUUGGUCACGCGGCGGCGUCGGCGGCACGUCGAGGCGCGGACGACGGCGGUGCUCGAGCCGGGCCCGGCGAGCGUGGCGCCGCCUUGGUCUGAGCUCUUUGCGUCGUGCGGCGGCUGCCAGCUGCAGCGCAUGGCCUAUGCAGAGCAGCUCGCUACCAAGCGCCGGUGGGUGAUCGACGCCAUCGCGCGCUGCCCUGGAGGCGCCGCGGCGGUGCUCUCCCGCGCCUCUCCCGCCCACGCCUCUGGGGCGGGGCACAGCGCGACGCCGGCGGCGCUGGCGGCGGCGGCGCUCGAGCCGAUUGUGCGCGCGACGGUGCCGUCGCCGAAGCAGACGCGCUACCGCAACAAGGCCACCUUCUUCUUUGCCCCCUCCGACAGCGGCCUCGGGCUUGUGGUCGGCUCCAAGGCGGCCGACGACGCGGGCCGAGUGGCGGAGGAGGCGGACGCCGUGCUCGCCUCCGUCGCGGCGUGGGCGAGGCGGACGGCGCUGCCGAGCUUCGACGUCCGAUCCGGAAGGCGCGGCGAGGGCGCGUUGUGGCAGGCGGUCCUUCGCACGGCGGGCGCCGGCGCGGGAGGCGGAGCGGCGCCGCUCGUGCGAGUGCUGCACACCGAGGCGCCGGUGAACGACGGGGGGACGGACUUGCUUGUGCGGCUGGUUGCCGACGGCGUCGCUCUCGGGCUCGCGUCGGGGCGGGGCAACGAGCUGCCGGUGGCGGCGCACGGUGCGGGGCGAGAGGCGGGGCGAGAGGAGGAGCGGCGGCCAGUGGAGGAGGCGCCUCGCCGCCUCGCCCUGGUCGACCUCUACUGCGGCUCGGGGCUCUUUGGCGUCUCCCUCGCCUCGACGACCUCCUUCGCGAGCGUGCUCGGGCUCGAGCUCGGCGCCGAGGCGGUGGCCGCGGCGGAGGCGAACGCGGCGGCCAACGGAGUGGGGGCGCUGUGCCGUUUCGAGGCCGCCGACCUCGCCUUCUCCGGCAGGCCGCCGGCCGGCCUCGCAGCCGCCCUCGCGCCCGGCGGAGUCGACCUCGCGGUGGUGGUCGACCCGCCGCGUGCGGGACUGAGCGGCGCGAUGCGAGGUGCGCUGCGGCGCUCGACCUGCAGCGUGCUGGUGUACGUGUCUUGCGACGCGCAGACGCUCGGCCGAGACCUCGCGGCGCUGUGCGGCGCCGAGGGCGCCGGGACAGCCUUUCGGCUCGCGAGAGCCACGCCCGUGGACCUGACGCCCCACGCGGCUCGUGUCGAGACCGUGUGCGUCCUGUCGCGAGCGUGA